AUGUCGAUAUUGGAACUUAAAAGAAGUAAACUUGAGGAACUCGAAGUCAUCGAAAACGCGAUUUCUGAAAGAUUGCAAAGAAACCCCGGGUUGUUUGUUGGUUCUACAUCGGCAAUCGAUCAUGGGAUUUUGAACGCCAACAAGAAACGACCAAUUAAAGAGGUAUUGAUUCAAAAAAAUGAAAUAGAUUUAUUCAUCAAAAGAUUCAAGAGUUUGGGAUCCGAAUUACAGCUGCUAAACGAUGUCAAAAGCCUGGCAUUCAAACAAGAGAUUGAUCAAUGGAGGGAUCCUAAGUUCAAUUUCCAGAUGUUUGAUAAGCAAUACAAUAAUAUAAAAGAAUCGCAGAAUAAUGCAACUACUACUCUUAGUGAUUUAUAUAGUAUGGGAGGUGCCACCGUCGUUGAAAAUACUGUCCAAGACUCUGAAGUUGCGUCGUUGCCAGAAAUUCCAAGGGCCAAAGACGAUGAAGUGUACGUUAAGAAAUCAAUUCUCAGUAAGUUUGGGGCCGAUAUCAAAGUUGAUAAAAUUUUCAGUUUGGAAGAACAGUAUGGUAAAUUUCUAGAUCUCAUACAUUUCCAUGAAAUAUGGCUCAAUCUUCCAGGGUUGCUAGAAUCAAAUCGAUUGACGUACUUGGAAUAUUUGAGUAUCUUUAGCCGACUUGGUUUGAAGUAUAAGCAAGAUGAAAUGAAUCCAAAUAAUACCAUAGAUAGAACCACCCAGCAAUAUUUUGAUUACUGCAAACUGCUCGCAGAGUAUUUGAUCACUUUUGUCAAAAAGAUUCAGGUUUUACAGGGUCCAGAGAGAAUAAUCAACAAGAUUAAGAAUAUUGAUUUCACUAGUGAAUGGGAAUCACUCAUCGACAAAUAUAUCAACAAACAAGCUACCAAAAGUGAUGAUGGAUUGUUUUGCAAAGCUUGUAACAAAUCAUUUGCCAAAGAAACUGUUUUCAACGCACAUUUGACUGGGAAGAAACAUAUUAAGAACGAGAAAAAAUUGCAGCAAACUGGAGAAAAUAACAAUGGCACCUCAAACGGCAUAGAUUUAGUGCGAGAAAAAGAAUUAUGUUUCAAUGAGUUUAUGAUAAGAUCUUUAGCGGAUUUUCUUGAAAAAGAGAUCAAGAACACCAGGAUGAAUGUGGAAAGAAAACAGGCUUUGACAAACAAGGAAAGACUCGAAGAAACAAGAUUUCUCCUUGCCAAAGUUGACAAUGAUGAUUUCCCAGUCGAUUUGGCUGAUGGCAAUGAUGCUGACAAUAAUAAAAAUGGUGGUGCAGACAGUGACAAUGAUGAUGAUGAAUCCGUUAAAGAAUCCAACCCGUUAAACUUACCGUUAGAUGUGGAUGGCAGUCCGAUUCCCUACUGGCUUUAUAAACUUCAAGGGUUAGAUCACCAAUAUCAGUGUGAGGUUUGUGGAAAUUUGAAAUUCCACGGGAGAAAGAAUUAUGAGAAACAUUUCAUGGAGUCUCGUCAUAUUCAUGGGUUGAAGUGCUUGGGAGUCAACAUUAGCGGUGGUAACGCCAGUUAUGAGAAGAAGAACGAUUUUCAUAACAGUUCAUCUAGUAAUGAUACUGAAGUUUUAUUAAGUUUUAAAGGGAUCACCAAAAUAGACGAAGUUACUGCGUUGUGGAAUAAGAUGAAAAAAGAAAUCAGAAAAAAGGAAUCAACGUUUGAUACUGAAAAUAUUGUGGAAGUCGAAGAUGAAGAUGGAAAUGUUAUGUCCGAGAAGGUUUAUCAGGAUUUGAAGAAACAAGGUUUGCUUUGA